GUAUCAUUGACCGCCCCUUUCCGCGAGAACCCUAUCCGCGUCCCUUCUCUUCGUCGCUCGAUUCCUCUUCUCAGAUCUGCAUCGCAGAUGUCGGGCGCCCUUGACAUGUCCCUCGACGACAUAAUCAAAUCCAGCAAGAAGACUGCCGGCGGCGGACGCGGGCGGGGCCGUGAGGGCGGCGGGCCGUCCCGUCGCGCGCCCAACCGAACGGCUAACCGAUCCGCCCCUUACUCCGCCGGGAAGGCUCCCGACUCGGUGUGGCAGCACGGCAUGUACUCGACGGCGCAGGCGGGCGGUUUUCCUGCUGCGACGGCGAGGGCUUCCUCCAUAGAGACCGGCACCAAGCUGUAUAUCUCGAAUUUGGAAUUCGGAGUGUCGAACGAGGACAUCAAGGAACUGUUUUCAGAGGUUGGGGAUCUCAAGCGUUAUUCUAUAAAUUACGAUAGAAGCGGAAGGUCUAAGGGAUCGGCUGAAGUGGUCUUUGCAAGGAGAACUGAUGCUAUAGCAGCUGUGAAGAGGUACAAUAAUGUCCUACUCGAUGGAAAACCCAUGAAAAUAGAAAUUAUCGGCACAAAUAUUUCAACACCAGCUGUUGUACCUCAAGCUACAGAUGGUGCCUUUGGAAAGCCUAAUGGCACUUCAAAAAGCACGGGACCAGCAAGAGUUUCUCCAGGAUGGCCACGAGCUGGUGGCCGUGGAAGAGGGCGGAGCCGUGGUAGAGGUAAAGGACGUAGUGAACCUGUUUCUGCUGAAGCACUUGAUGCAGAUUUGGACAAGUAUCAUACAGAAGCGAUGCAAACCAACUGAAUGGUGUCAUUUGUCUCUUUCACCCUAUUACCAUUGCUUGCCUGAUGCCGCUCCAUAUUUGUAUUUUGUUUUGCAAACAUGCAUAAUCUAGCUAAUGUAUCAUCACCAUACUGUGUGGGGUUCUGGGCUUUUCAUUUUCGCUUGUUGUUUUCCUUCGGUUUGAAUUUCCUACUGUGGUUAAAGUGAAAACCUGGUGUCUGGCCUUAGUCGUCAUUUCAUUCGGUUGAUCAA